UUUUUUCUUUCCCCCUUUCUCCCCGCUGCGCUAGUGAAAGCGAGGGAGAGCGACGGAAACGGUCGCCCGACGCGAACCCGACUCUCCUCGUCGCCUUGCUCGUCACCUCCAAAACUCGAGUCCAUCUUCUUUCUCUUUCGUCUCCUCGUCCUCUCUUCUCUCUCUCUCUCUCUCUCUCUCUCUCUCUCUCUCUCUCUCGCGAUCAAACCCUAGAUCGACGCCGACCAAACUAGGGUUUCUCCAAUCGAGCUCUCGUCAGCUUGAGAUCGCGAACGUUCCCUCGCUCUUCUAUGGAUCGUUCAUCGCCGAUCGCGUAACACGGGGGAAGAUCCGAGGAUGCCGCUACUCCCAAGCAACGCUCAGGCUCAAAAUCAGAAUAAAGGUGGCAACUUUACUUCCGGUGAUCAUAGAACCCAAAAUUUACUUGCCAGGAAGCAGUGGAUUGCACAGCAGAGGAAGUCUUUGCCCAUUGCAGCAGUUGAGAAAAGGCUCGUGGACGAAGUGAGGAAGAAUGAUACUUUGAUAAUUGUUGGUGAAACAGGAAGCGGAAAAACCACACAACUGCCACAGUUUCUAUGCAAUUCUGGAUUUUGUCAUGACGGGUUGCUCAUUGGUAUCACUCAACCCCGGAGAGUUGCGGCUGUUACUGUUGCAAAACGAGUUGCAGAAGAGUGUAAUGUAGAGUUAGGCCAGAAGGUUGGAUAUGCUAUCAGAUUCGAAGAUGUAACUUCUAGCUCCACAAGGAUCAAGUACAUGACCGAUGGUUUGCUAGUAAGGGAGGCAUUGCUGGAUCCAUUUCUGUCGAAUUAUAGUACGAUAGUUGUUGAUGAAGCUCAUGAAAGAACAGUUCACACAGAUGUUUUGCUAGGGUUGUUGAAGAAAGUACAACAUGAAAGAUCACUAAUUAUUGUUAAGAGGCAAAAUCCUUGUCAUACGGCUGCUAAAAAGCUAAUCAUGCCUGAUAAAGAAGACAAGACUCAAAGCAUCAACAAUUUGAAGCCGUAUCAGAAUGCAAAACUUACACCGUUAAAGUUGAUUAUAAUGUCUGCUAGCCUUGAUGCAAGGGGUUUCUCUGAGUACUUUGAUGGUGCCAAAGCUGUUCAUAUUCAAGGAAGACAAUAUCCUGUAGAUGUACUAUAUACAUAUCAUCCUGAGCCAGAUUAUCUGGAUGCCACUCUUAUUACUAUUUUUCAGAUCCAUUUAGGGGAGGGUCCUGGAGAUAUACUUGCUUUUCUUACAGGACAAGAGGAGAUUGAGUCUGUUGAGAGACUGGUUCAUGAGCGUGCUCGCCAGUUACCUGAGGGUAGUCAGAAAAUUCUGACUGCCCCUAUAUACUCCUCACUUCCCUCGGAACAACAGAUGAAUGUGUUUAAGCCAGCCCCAUCUGGCAGCCGCAAGGUCAUACUAGCAACAAAUAUUGCUGAGACUUCAGUGACAAUUCCUGGUAUCAAGUACGUUAUAGAUCCUGGAUUGGUGAAAGCUCGUUCUUACAACCCAGUUACGGGAAUGGAAUCAUUAAUUAUCAUCCCAACCUCAAAAGCACAGGCUCUUCAAAGGAGUGGACGGGCUGGACGUGAGGGGCCUGGGAAGUGCUUUCGGCUGUACCCAGAAAGUGAGUUUGGCAAACUUAUGGAUUCCACUGUUCCUGAAAUUAAGAGAUGCAACCUAUCAAACGUUGUAUUACAGCUCAAAGCACUUGGGAUUAAGGACAUCUUCUCCUUUGAUUUCAUGGAAAAGCCUUCAAGGACUGGCAUUGUUAAAUCUAUGGAGCAGUUGUACUUACUAGGGGCUCUAACUGACAGCGGCGAGUUGUCAGAUCCAGUCGGGCUUCAAAUGGCUCGGCUGCCCUUAGACCCCAUAUAUUCGAAAGCUCUCAUCAUUGCUCACGAAUUUAAAUGCUUGGAAGAAAUGCUAAUAGUAGUUGCUAUGCUCUCAGUGGAAUCUAUUUUUCACUUCCCUCGUGAAAAGAUUGAAGAGGCAACAGCAGCAAAGAAGAGCUUUUCAAGUACUGAAGGGGACCAUAUAACCUUGGUGAACGUGUAUCGGGCUUCUGCAGAAUGCCUGGAGAAGAGUAAAGCUGCAAAUAGCAAGGAGAAAACGAUGGAGAAAAGCCUCAAUAAAUGGUGUAGGGAUAACUUCAUCAAUAGUCGGUCUCUUAGGCAUGCACGAGAUGUUCACAGGCAAAUUAAAGGCCAUAUGCAGCAGAUGGGUCUAUCAAUAUCAUCAUGUGGUGAUGACAUGGUUCAGUUUCGGAGGUGCCUUACCGCCUCUUUUUUCCUGAACGCAGCACUGAAGCAACCAGAUGGAUCAUACAGGGCUUUAUUGAGUGGUCAGAAUGUUCAAAUCCAUCCCUCAUCAGUGUUGCGGGCAAAAAAACCAGACUGCAUAAUCUUCAAUGAGCUGAUUCGAACUAGUCAAAACUAUGUCCGCAAUGUAACAAGAAUUGAUCCGCUGUGGUUACCUGAAUUGGCCCCUCAAAGUUUUGCAGAAGAUUGAUCUUUUUUUUUCUUAAAAGUUCACUUUUUUUAUAAUUAGCUCUUGUAUAAUAUCCAUAUUUAUGUGCGGCAUGAUUCAGGAAGUGUAUAUUACUUUGUUUUCCAAGUGAAAGAGGCCAAAGCCCCUUUUUCCUAAAAAAUGCAACGUGCUCAGAUCGGAAAGAUUCCUUGUAUUGUAUAUCUAAAGCUUUUAAUGUAACAUUUGAUUUUAUACAUUUUCUGAUGAAGGAAA